AUGAUGUCCAUUGUCCAGACAGUCCCUCGUUUGAUUCUGUUGCUGCUCGUAUCUCUUCUCCCCUGUGUGUCAGCCCAAUGGAUCUAUCCUCCCAACAUCCCUUCCGGCAAAAACCUCGCUGAUUACACAUCCAGCGCCACCUCCCCCAUCACCGACUUUCACGUCUACGAUAUUGUAGUUGGAGGCUUCAGAACACCCAAGCCGAGCUUUACAAUCUCCCGAUGCGCCAAAGAGGGUCGAACCGUUCCGAUCUAUCCAUCAAACAGCACCUUCAAUUCCACUGAUGGCCAUCUCGCUGCGGACGGCACCUGGGAGGCCAUGGAUAGCUACAGCAAUGGGCCUUGGGCCAAUAUCUACAGAGCAGGCAAGCAGCCAUGGAUCUCUCCCUUGUGGCACAUGGUUGGUAACGAAACAACGGGCCGCGUGUGCUGGUGGGAGCUGUAUAGUGUGCAUGAAGAGAAGAUACCCUGCUACCCGACGGAAGAACACGAUUGUACCAACGCAUUCACACGGACGGUGACGGUGCUUGGGAAUGAUAGGGAGAAUUACUUUGCGACUGUACCGUUCGUCGUGCACCCGGAGAUGAGGGAAGGGAAGAAGAACUAUACAUGGCGGAACGGCGAUCAUACGGGGUCGAGAACGACGUUGGUAUUUUCCAACAGGCCAACAGGAAACGCAGCAGUGCGGUUAGAGGCAGCGUUUUCAUUAACCGGAAUCCAAGGCGGUGUGCUGGCUGGGCCUGAUAUUCCAAAUGGGGUGGCGUUGGAAGAGAUCGUACCCAACAAACAUGACGCGAAUCUUAGCCGUAUCCGCAAAUUUGCAGUCCGCCCUUCUUCUUCGACUGCGCAAGAAGUCUCACAGUGGCCAUGCCUUCGGCGAGUUCAAUGGCGGCGAGAUAGCAUCCACCAUGCGUACAAAGUCCCGCCGGUAAGCAGGACUCACCACCGGGAUGCGCUUGUCUACCAAACCCGAGGCCAAACUGUGUAUUCUGGCGAUGACAUGUGCAGUGGGUGUCAAGGGGGAAGAGGUCCGUUUGUAACCUGUGUGGUUGCUAUGACAAGUGACGGCAAUUACGCAGGAGGGGCCUGUGCGAACUGUGUGUGGCGUCGACAGGCGCAUACGUGCACCCUAAAGCAACCUGAUGACAUUGAUUCUGGGGAAAGUGAAUAUGAAGAAUCUGAAUGUGAAACGGGUGGGGAUGAGGAUGGGGAUGAGGAAGUAGAAACAAAUCUACAAACUCCUCCGCCAUCGCAGGCUUCCAAACGUAAGGCGUCGUGGACAAACAGGACUCCGACAAAGUCGUCCAAGACGGUGUCAAGCAACCGCGUCGCAAAACGGAAACCCCUCCCGCAAGAACCAUCGGAUACCGGGGGUCACGGAAGAAAUCAUGGAAGAAAUCCCAAAAUAGCUGUUAUUAUCCCAUCUCGUUCCAACUCCAGCCCAACUUCAUCAAGCAAGAAGUAUUUCAGAAUCCCACCCUCCCUCUCUCCAAACAUUACGGAAGAUAUACGUCAAGCCGUUCACGAAUUGGAUGAACUGCGUACAAAAUUGUAUUCCCGGCUUGAGGUGCUUGAGUCGAUCCUGCUUGAGAGCUGGGAGUAG